CGGUGGGUCUGUGCUGUUCUCCGGGGCUCUGUGCCAUCACCCACUGUCUUCUCCGUGGGCAGCUGGGCUGGUUGGGGCUGCCCAUUGCCUGCGAGGUACCCGGCUACGUGGCUCAUCUCCUCAGCAUCCUCUGGUUCAGGGCAGAUGGUCACGGUCCUGGCUGCUGGCUCCUGCUGCUCCACCUCCUGCAGGGAGGCCUCUGGAAGCGGUACUGGGAUGUUUUGAAGGGUGGUGGUGGUGGUGCCUGUGCCGGGGAGGUGCUGGCACAGCACGGGGACCUGUGUGUGCUGCGGCUGCUGGAGGCUCUGCUGCAGCCCCUGCCUCACCUCCUGCUGCAGGCCCAUGUCAUCCUGGCCCUCGACCCAAUGGGCUUCAUCCCUGUCGGCAGGUUGGUGUUGUAUUCCUUCUGGGUCUUGGCUGUGGCAGGUGUCCACUGGUUGAUCAUGUCCUUCUGGCUGGUGGCCCAGCAGACAGACAUCAUGGCCCAGCCCUGCCACUGGAGGCUGUUCAAUUGCCUGGUGGGAGCUGUGUAAACCUUCUGCUACAUCAGUGUCUGGUCUGGUCCCUCCAAGCACAGAGUGGCCAUGUUUUAUGCAAUAAUGCUGAUGGAAAACACUGUCCUGCUGCUGCUGGCCACCUGGUUCCUGCGGGCUGAUCUGAGGAACAGUUUGUGUGUGACUGGGGCCAUCACGUCAGGGUCUGUAAUAGGUGCUGCAGCUCUGGUGGUGUAUUACAGCCUCCUCCAUCCCAAGUCCACAGAGAUCUGGCAGGGCUUCCUGAAGCCAACCUGCAGUGCUGAGGCUGUCGGUGAUGAUGAGGUUGCUGGAGACAGUUCCCAGUCUGGGCAGAGUCUGGGAAUGUUGGGACACAGCAGGUCCUUGGCUGGGGAAGGGACCGUGGCAGAUCCCAAAAACAUCUCGCCACUCCUGAAAUUCAGAGGGUGUUUGGAUGGCAGCUGGACAAGCCAUCACCGCUGGCUGCUGGUAGAGCUGGCUCUGAAGACAGGAGAUACGUCCGUGAUCAGCGCGGCUUUUGGAGAUGAUGGUGCCAGAGAGGUUUGCCCUGGAGGAUGGGUGAGGGGGAAACUCACCAGUGUUGAUGCUGGGGAAAACGUUUCCCUCCCCAUAAGAGAAACUGGUCCUCAGGUUGGUGAGCCUGCUUGGACUGAGGAGAAAUUGCUGGCAGAGGGGGGUGGUGGAGAUGGCAGCCCCAGCACCAGCACUGCCAGGAGGGCACAGAAGGACAGAGUUGGGCAGGAGCCUGGUUUUCCCCCAGUUAUGUCCUUUCCCAGGAGCUUCUCCCCGGAUCCAACUGAAGGCUCCUCUGUGUAUUUCAGCGCAGGAAGCAUCACCUCUCCUGGCAUGGGGAUGGUCACAGCUACCUGCAUGGCCUUGUUACCAAGGGACAAUGAAGCCCAGCAUCCCCCAGGCUUAGGAGGAGAAGGAGGGAAUUUAUCCCUUGGGAUGGUGAGCAUCAGCCCAAUCCUGGGCACCUGUGCCCACAAGCAUCUGCAGAGCAGCUCUUCCCUCAGAGGAGUGAGUGGCUGUGGGGUGGCAGGUCCCCCCAGAGAGGGCUUGUUGCCCACAGGGAUGGAGGGUGCCCUCAUGGGGUCGCAUCACCUUUGGGACACCCACGCUUGUGUCACACAGGGGACUGUCCUGAGGGGUGAGCUGAGGCCACCGUGCUUCACCUCCACCCCCAAGGCUGACUCUAGAUACCCAGAGCAAGGACUGGGGGAGCUGGUAGAAAGGACAAACCUGUUUGGGUUGCUGGGGUGA